CAUUCAACUCUUUCCAGUCCACUCCCAUCCGCUCUAGGGAGACUGGGUCAUCAUCUCCUUGAUGAUCGACCUUUUCAAUCCAUCUUCACUUCUUAUCAUCUAGGGUUUUGAAUUACUGUCCAAAUUUGUGCUUACAAUUUCUUUGAUAAAGUUAUAUUUAUUUGUAAUUAUACUCAAGUUUUUAUUGAUCAAUUGUAUAAUACAUUUGAGAAAAUUUUUUUGUGAGUUCGAGAAAUUCUCGAAAGAGAUGGAGCUUACAUCAGAACCUUCAUCAUGCUCUUGCCUCUGCGGCCAGCGGUUUCCGCCGGGGUUCAGGUUCCAACCUACGGACGAGGAACUGGUCGUAUACUACUUGAAGAGAAAGAUCUGCCGCCAGCCAAUCAUGCGCGACGUCAUUGGCGAGACUGACGUAUACAAGCGGGAGCCAGAAGAACUUCCUGAGUUGUCAAAGUUGAAGACUGGUGAUAGGCAGUGGUUCUUCUUUAGCCCCAGAGAUCGGAAGUAUCCAAAUGGAGCCAGGUCAAACAGAGCAACUAAGCAGGGGUUUUGGAAAGUAACGGGAAGGGAUCGCAUAAUUACAUGCAAUUCUCGUAAUGUUGGCGUUAAGAAGACACUGGUCUUUUAUAAAGGUCGGACACCUACUAUUAAACCUUCUUCUCCCAAACCUACUAUUAAACCUGAACGUACUGAUUGGGUGAUGUAUGAGUAUACAAUGGACGAAGAGGAGCUAAAAAGAUGUCCUUCUGCACAAGACUACUAUGCACUAUAUAGGAUCUUUAGGAAGAGUGGGAUAGGCCCCAAGAAUGGGGAGCAAUAUGGUGCACCUUUUAGGGAGGAGGAUUGGGCUGAUGAUGACUGCUUGACUGUUAACCCCCUUGUUGAGCAAGAAAAAUAUACAAAUCAGGUCAAUGAUGUUGUUAAUGUUGAAAGCCCAAUACCUAAUGAUUUUGAAAUCUCUUUAGUUAAUAUUGAAGAACUCCUGGACCUGCUUGAAGAUGAGCCUGAUUUACCUGUGCAAAACGCUAUUCUCCAUCCUACCACACCACACAAUGUGCAGGCAAACGUUGAUGUGACACAGUGUAGCACUUCGCAACCACAAUUGCCAGAGGCUCCUGAGUUCACAUCUGCUCCAGUCUAUCAUGGGUUGAAUCCUCAAAUGGUGGAGGAGGAUUACCUGGAAGGUUUUCUGGAGGUGGAUGACCUUGCUGGUCCAGAACCCAGCAUUAAUAACUUUAAUAAGCCAGGGGAAAUUAUGGAAAUUCAGCAAUACGGAUAUGAUAUGGGAACAAGAGAGGCAAGACAUCCCAAUCAACCAUAUGCAAACAAUGCUGAAAAUGGCAUGGUAAACCCUGUCUCUACUUAUUUCAGCGAUAAUCAUGAAACCAUGAACAGCCAGCAGUUGUAUUUGAACGAGAACAAUGAAGGCAGCAAUCGACUGUGGUCUCCUGAUCAAAGGUGCAACAUCGCGACCCCAGCUGAAGCAAAUCAUGAGGUCUUCCAUCCAGCAACUUUAGGUGUAGUUUAUGAUAAUCAUUCCUUGAAUGAUCAUCCUAAGGGGACAAAUUCAAAUCAAAUCACUAGAGAGGAUGGCGCCACAAACUCAAGGUUCUCUUCUGCUCUAUGGGGCAGUCUGGAAUCAAUACCAGCCACUCCUGCUUCAGCUGCCGAAAGUCCUGCUGCUGAUAUGGCAUUUGAGCAAACGACUAGAAGAUCAAGAGUAAUUGCCAGAAACAUGAAUACUGCAUCAGGUAAUACUUCGAGAAGUUCAGGCAAGUCAAUGAGUGGCUUUUUAUGUGUAUUCGUACUAGGAGUGUUGUGUGCUGCUAUGUUAUGGAUAUUGCUAGGAACUUCGUCAUUGAGCUAGUUGGGGAUGUUCCCUCCUGAAUUUAUAAAUUGGAAAAUUCUGUUAUGCUUUGGCAGCUUGGUGAAA